AAGUACUUCCAGUUUCCCGGAGAGCUGCUGAUGAGGAUGCUGAAGAUGCUGAUUCUCCCACUCGUUGUGUCAAGUUUGAUGUCAGGACUGGCAGCCCUCGACGCCAAGUGUUCCAGUCGGCUUGGUCUGAUCACAGUGUCUUAUUACCUGUGGACCACCUUUGUGGCCGUGAUAGUGGGGAUCAUCAUGGUCUCUAUCAUCCACCCAGGCGGUGCGGCCCAGAAAGAGGACUCUGAGGACAGCGGCAAGCCUAUCAUGAGUUCUGCUGAUGCUCUGCUGGACCUCAUCCGCAACAUGUUCCCAUCUAAUCUGGUUCAGGCCACAUUUCAGCAGUAUCGAACAAGUAGCGAGUACAUUGUGAAAACCAAGCCAACGGUGAGCAAGGCCCAAUCAGAGUCCACCACACGGCGAGCACUCAUCUAUGGUAUCCAGGAUGAUAAUGGAACUGACAUCCAGAACUUCGCUCUUGACCUGACUCCACCUCCUGAUGUGCUCAUACGUACUCGGGAAGGAACAAGCGAUGGAAUGAAUGUCCUUGGAAUUGUAAUCUUUUCUGCCACCAUGGGGAUCAUGUUGGGAAGGAUGGGGCCAAAUGGCAGCGCCUUGGUAAACUUCUGUCAGAGCCUGAAUGAGGCCGUCCUUAGAAUUGUUGCCAUUGUCAUAUGGUACUUCCCGUUUGGCAUCGUGUUCUUGGUGGCCGGAAAGAUCCUGGAGAUGAGUGAUCCCUCGGCCAUGGGGAAAAAGUUGGGUUUCUAUGCCGUCACUGUGGUGUUUGGUCUGGUGUUACAUGGAUUGUUCAUCCUGCCUGCCAUGUACUUCUUCAUCACCAAAAAGAGCCCCAUCGUUUACAUACGGGGAAUACUACAAGCACUGCUCAUCGCCCUGGCAACCUCUUCCAGCUCUGCCACAUUGCCUAUAACCUUCAAGUGCCUCCUAGAGAACAACCACAUUGACCGCCGCAUCAUCCGUUUUGUGCUUCCUGUGGGCGCCACCAUCAAUAUGGACGGCACCGCUCUCUACGAGGCUGUGGCAGCAAUAUUCAUCGCACAAGUUAACAAUUACGAGCUGGACUUUGGCCAGAUCAUUACCAUCAGAAACAAAACCAGCUGCAUAGACCUGAGGACCAUGGAUGUGAGAAAAAUUGAGGGAGAUCUUCAGGAAUGCGUUUCAAGCGGGCACGCUGACACCAACCACGUCUCCGCGCGUAAUGGGAAUAUCCGCAAGACGGAGACAGCUGAUCAGACGUGA